AUGUUCAGGAAAGAUAACGCCAAAGAGUUUUUUUGGCAAUUUUUCAAAAUUGAUAAAAAAGAGUCUUUUAGAGAAGACUAUAUCGAUCAAACAAUUGACCGGGAGAGGAAACCAAUUAAAGUAUCCAAAUGGGACAAUAUCAACUUUUUGAAAGCCUUUGACUGGUACCCUUCUCAUUACAGUGCAUAUGAGAGAAAGUUUCUUAUGAAAGUGGAUAUUUGUGUAUUCUUUUUCUUGUGUGCUUCUUUCUACACCAAGUAUUUGGAUAAUACCAAUGUUGGUUCUGCUUAUGUGUCUGGUUUGAAAAACGACCUUAACUUGAAAGGUAAUGAAUUGAACUACUUCAACACUUGUUAUACGGUUGGUUAUGCAGUUUUUCAAAUUCCCAUCAGUUUGCUCAUUACUAAACCGCAAUUUUCAAGGCAUUUGUUGCUCGUAUGUGAAUUGGCAUGGGGAAUGAUGACUUUAGCAAACGCAUACGUGCGUUCUGCAAAGGAGAUGUACGUGGUUAGAUUUUUUGUUGGGGUAUUUGAGGCAUGUUCUUUUCCAGCCACGUAUGUCAUUCUUUCUAGUUUCUUAACCGAUGAAGAACUAUUUAAACGGGCAGGUGUUUAUGGUGCCUUUGCGACUGCUGGUUCGGCCAGUUCAGGUGCAUUGCAGACACGUGCUAGGGAGAAUUUAAACGGGGUUUAUGGAUUGAAGGGUUGGCAAUGGCAAUUUAUUAUUGAUGCCAUUAUGACUUUUGGAAUAUUUUUGUACGGUUUCCUACUAUUCCCUGGUAUUCCGCCAGCAUGUAAAAAGUUUGGUUUUUUCUCUGAAGAUGAUAUGAUUUUUGCAAGAAACAGGUUAAAAAACAAAGUGGCUAUCCCAGAUAAAUUUACUUUGAAAACUUUGAAAGAAACUUUAGGUACUUGGCAAAUCUAUUUUGGUACGCUUCUUUGGACAUUACAUCACCAGUGCUGGUACUCUAAUGGUGCCUUGCUUUAUAUGAAGAGCAGGCCGGAAUAUUUCACUACUUCAAUGGUUACCAACUGGAAUUCUUACAUGUAUUGUGUGGGUAUACCGGCAGCAAUAUUUAUUUCUCCUUUGACCAGAUACUAUGGAAAAUUUUUCACUGUUAACUUUGUGUUUGCUAUUGCCUACUAUUGUGCAAUCGUGUUAAUUGUAUGGGACGUUUCGCAAUCGAUGAUAUUGUCUGCUUUUUUUAUGAGUAUGCUUUACAGUUCAGGUUUGGCACAGGUGUUUUACUCUUGGAUUGUCACAUUAUGCAGAGAUAAUGUUGAGAAAAAAGCUAUAGUUUUAGGUUGGGUCCAAGCUUUCUCUUAUGCAGUCAAUGCAUGGGGCUAUCCUCUCCAGUAUAAUGUGGCAGAAGCACCUCGGUUCAAAAAGGGGUAUAUUGCGAACCUAUUUCUUUUGUUUCUGUCUCAUGUUGUUUUUCUCUUUGGAAUGUGGAUGGAUAAAUAUGAUUUAAAAUAUUUCCCAAAGAUUGCUGGUAACAGGCAUGCAGACACCAAUGGUAUAAUGAUUGCCAGUGGUAAAGUAGAAGCUCUUGAAGAGAGUGAUACCGAUCUUGAGAAAACCAAGUAUUAUGUUUCGGAAGAAAAGGCUGGAUCCGAUUCCGAUAUUUCUGUUCGUUAG